AUGUCAGUGCCAGGAGGCCCCGGUCUUCGAGAAGCCAGGAAGAAUCUUGGCGCUCGUCUCACUUCUUGCUUCGUCCAUGCAGAGCCCACCGCGGAUAUCGGCAGCAGGCCAUUGACAGGUUCUGGUACGCCUGUCGGCCGAGCAAAUCUAUGGGCCGACCGCACGGAGCGCAUGUACUCCCUACAACUCCAUGUACCAUCUCCUGUCAACUGGCGAUCCCGAAUCGUGACCAAUGUCGUCAACAGGCGGCGGCAGCAGCAACAAAGCACCUUGGCACCCAAGCGCGGCAUAUUACUAGCGGCAUAUCCUUGCUGUCGGAGCGCGCAUCUCGUAGCCAAGCAAGCACUGACCCCCAAGAGGCUAUAUCGAUCUACGUCCAGACACCGAAGACAGGCGGUUAUCGAUACAUUUCUCAGCCUUCCGACGGAUUUUCCUGUUGGCCUUGCUUACUCAUGA